AUGUGGGCUAGAAAACCCUCAAGUCGUUUCGACUGCCCCGCGAACCAGAACCUUGACAUCAAGGUCAAGAUUCACUACAUUAUUCGAGCCAACACUACUCCGCCAACACAUACUUCAACAAAAGAUAUUGAGGCUGUAAAAAACUUUUUAAGACCAUCUCAGUUUUAG